UCAUGUGGUGGUUCCAGCAGGGUUUGUGCUUCCUGCCCGCUGCGCUGGUCAUCUGGACAGCGGCGUCCUUCAUCUUUGCCUACAUCACUGCCGUCCUGCUGAGACAUGUGGAUCCUCUGGUCCCUUAUAUCAGCAUGACCUGGCCAUGAGCAGAGGGUACAAACAGGCAGUCAGAAGCAGGCACACAGCGCAGUCUGACGGACCUCCUGGACCACUCAGGCUGCGAGCGCAGGGACAUGGUCGGCCCACUGCGACUGCUGCUCUGCCCUGCCAGGAUGCCAGAUGGGGCCGGGAUUUAUACAGGCACCUGCCACAUGCGUGUGACACAGGGGCGAUGGCGCCGGAGAGGUGUGUGUUUGGCAUCAUGUUGGACAUCUCAGCAUUUUUAGGCAUAGCCACGGUGUACGUGCGUUACAAACAGGUGGAGGCUCUGACGGAACCGGAGCGGCUGAAGCUGCACUGCCUGAACCAGUCCGGUCUGCUCUUGGGACUCAUCAGCUGCUUUGGAAUGUGUGUUGUUGGCAACUUCCAGAAGACGACGCUGUUCCCCGUUCACCUGCUGGGGGCGGUGCUGACUCUAGGGGUGGGAGCACUCUACAUCCUGGUUCAGACCCUGCUGUCCUUCUAUAUGCAGCCCCACGUGCACAGCCGGACCGUCUUCCUGGUCCGGCUCAGUAUCAGUGUCUGGACCCUGAGCAGCAUCGUUGGCAUGUUUGUGUCGUCGGUCAUCAUGUACAGCAGUCUGCCCGGCGUGGACGUGCCUCAUAAACUGCACUGGACGCCCGGAGAAACGGGUUAUGUGGCGCACAUCAUCAGCACCACAUUUGAAUGGUCUCUGGCCUUCUCCUUCAUCACCUUCUUCCUCACCUUCAUCAGAGACUUUCAGAAAAUCACUUUACGAGCAGAAGUGGACCUGCAGAGCAGCCAUCUGUACGACUACUGGCCACAUGGCGACGCUGCACCGCCACAACACAAACUUGAAGCGUCUGAAGAGUCUCCGCUUCUGACAGGAGGCCGCUGAGCCGCCAUGUCCCAUCACCUCCUGCUGCCGCACCCGUGUCAUGCUUAAUUGUAUUUUAUACUUGCAAGUACAUAGUGCUGUGCAAAUGUUUUAGGCACUUGGAAAUAUUCACAGUUUAACAGAUAAAUACACAAAGACAAGUGCUGAUAAAUAAUUAUAAAAACAAAUACAACAGGAUUUAAAUAUUCCAGAGGAAUAAUGUUUACAUGUUGAUAUUUACUGAUUAGUAAUAUGGAGCACCCCCCCCCCCCCCCCCCUUGUAUGUCUUAGAAAAUGUGUAGUUUUUGUCCUCAGUACUGAUCAUCCCUCUGACUUUAGUGAAAUUAAAGCACCAUUCACUAAAUGUGACGGUUUUCUGUUCGAGUGGAACAAAGAUGACAUUUUGUGGUGUCCAUUUAAUCAUACCGAACAUCG